GCCAUGUUUUCUUAUGGAUCCGUGAUACGAACAGGACAUUACAGUCUGUUAAAUGCAGAAUGAAGAAGUGUUGACUGAGAUGAGUUCCUUCAUGACCUCCUUUCAUUGAAGACAGCUUUGGUUAUUUUUAUCAUGACAGAGUGGAGCACACCACACUUGAAAAUCAUUCUUAUCGGAAACUCUGGAGUGGGAAAAUCUUCAUUUAUGACCCGGUUUGUCGACCAUCGUUUUACAAAUUUGUAUCGUGCCACAGUUGGGGUAGAUUUCCUUACCAAAGAAAUCACUAUUGAUAGAAGAUCAGUGAUCCUCCAGCUGUUUUUGCACCAGAUCUGGGACACUGCAGGAACAGAGAGGUUUCACUCCCUGGGUACCACGCUAUAUCGUGGAGCACACUGCUGCCUCCUAGUGUUUGAUGUUACCUCCUCCGUCUCCUUUGAUGCACUAGAAGUCUGGAAGAAAGAGUUCCUGGUGCAGGCAUCUCCUUCAGACCCCUCUGGAUUCCCUUUCAUAGUGCUCGGCAAUAAAAUUGACCUUGAUUAUCGAGAGGUGUCCACAAAUAAAGCCCAGCAGUGGUGCAGUGAAACCGGAGCUGAAUAUUUUGAAUGUAGUGCCAAGGAAGACAUUGGCGUGGACACGACCUUUUACAGUGCGGCACGAGCGGCCCUGCAGUAUCUCAAAAGUCACAGUGUGGAGAAUGGAGAAGACAUCCAGAUGAUACGGAAGCAACAGGAGAAGCAGCCAAGUAAAAAAUGCAAUUGUUGAAGCAAGGACAAACUCCUGUGCUACUGUCCAGUGUUAAGGCCGGUUCACACCAAGGAUCAUAAUUAUUAUAACUAUACAGUUGAGGUCAAAAGUUUACAUAUACCUGGCAGAAUCUACAAAAUGUUAAUUUUACAGAAAUAAAAGGGAUCAUACAAAAUGCAUGUUAUUUUUUAUUUAGUACUGACCUGAAUAAGAUUCUGAUAAGUUCCAUAAAAAUCAUGUUAUAUAGAGAAAAUAAUAGUAAAAAUGCCCCUGUUCAAAAGUAUACAUACUCUUGGUACUGUUUUUACCUGAAUGAUCUACAACUGUUUUUUUUUUUUUUAGUAAAAGCUGUUCAUGAGUCCCUUGUUUCUCCUGUUAACAGUUAAACUGCCUGCUGUUCUUAAAAAAAAAAAUCCUUCAGGUCCAUAAUUUUUUGGUUUUUCAGCUUUUUUGUGUAUUUGAACCCUUUCCAACAAUGAGUGUAUGAUUUUGAGAUCCAUCUUUUCACACUGAGGACAACUGAGGGACUCAUAUGCAACUAUUACAGAAGGUUCAAACACUCACUGAUGCUUCAGAAGGAAACACGAUGCAUUAAAAACUUUUGAAUAGAAUGAAGAUGUGUACAUUUUUCUUAUUUUGCCUAAAUACUAUAUUUUUUCAUUUAGUACUGCCCUUCAGAAGCUACUUGCAUGUUUCCCAGAAGACAAAAUAAGUAAAAUUUACCCUGAUCUUCAAGUGCAAAAGUUUUCACCCCCUGGCUCUUAAUGCAUCAUGUGUCUGUAGCAUCAGUGAAUGUUUGAACCUUCUGUAAUAGUUGCAUAACCAUAGUUGAGUCCCUCAGUUGUACUCUGUAAAAAGAUGUCAGUCGUUGGAAAGGGUUUUAUUGGUAAUUUUGCUAUUAACAAACCGUUUCACCUGAAUAAACUGCUAAUUUGCUGCUUAUUAAUAGUUAAAGUUAGUUGUUAAAUUAAGGUAUUGUAUUAGGGAUGUAGAAUAUGGUCAUUCAGAAUAUGUGCUUUAUAAGUACUAAUAAAGAGUCAAUAAUAGGUAUGCUAAUAAGCAAGUUAAUAGUGAGAAUUGGUCCCUAUGCUAAAGUUUUACCCCUUUUCACAAUAAAAUAGCAUUGAUCUUGCUUGAUGCAUGUGUAAAAGACUUUUAUAUAAAAAUACAACCUCAUGAACUACUUCAUAUCAAUACUAUGCUGGGAUAUCAUUCCUUUAUUUCAGCAGAAAUACCUCCAUUUUAAAUGCAAACAAGUUAACAGCCUUAUCUGGAAAGAGUUUAACCAAAUAUAACUACUCAAAUUCACAGCAUUUCUGGAAGGCAGCAGGGGUGGAACGAACUCUCACGAUGCGCUGCGUGAAACGAAAAGAAAUUGGUCGAAAUUAAUCAGGGAGACAGUUGAUAUAUUUCUGUUUCUUUUAUAAGUCAAGACAAAAAAGGCAAUCAGGAGAUGACCCACAUGUAAAAACGUUGUACAGGUAAAUAUAUAAAAGGCCAGGAUAUCAUCUUCACUUCUUGCGUUAUGAAUGAACUAUAUUACAGUCGAAUCCGAACUUGGCUUUCACCAAGAGUGAGUACAGCCAUCCUCACCCACAUGGAGACAUACAGGUAUACACUAAACAUUUACUUUGCAUACCUCUCAGAUAAUCAAAAAAAAGUAGAAAUUUAUCUUCACAUGAACAACUUCCUUCACAAUCUAGGGCAGAGAAAAUUCUACAAAGUUAUGUUGUGAAAAAGUUAAGAGGACAAGCCAGAGGAAGGGGAAAAAGCUGAGUGUUUACUAAUAAAUGGCGGUUUGAUAAGGUGAGGAAUUUAAAACAAAAAACAAACAAAAAAAAAAAAAGUUACGAUUUUUACAUCUCAAGGUUUGGCAUACACAAACAGAGUGGAAACAAGCGUAGAAAUACGCAGUAAACAAAGUAAAAGCCCUUCAGAUGUUUACAUUUGUUUACAUCCUUUUCAGUUGUAGCACAUCACCACUCAGCUUGAGCACAUAUGCAAUGUCUUUCCUUAUGAAAAACUACUUGACAAGAGAACGGCCCAUCCAAAAGCCCUUCUUCCCACAAAUCCUUAAACCAACGGGGAUGGCCAAGAAUUUUUAAAACAAAAAAAAAAAAAUAAAAGUAGUGAGUUAAAAAAAAAAAAAAAA